GGCCGGCGAGCGUGCCUCGGCGGGGCCCCGCACUCUGGCGGCGGAGGAUGGAGAGAGCCAUGGAGCAGCUCAACCGCCUCACACGCUCCUUGCGCCGCGCCCGCACCGUCGAGCUGCCCGAAGAUAACGAAACUGCUCUCUACACUUUAAUGCCAAUGGUAAUGGCUGACCAACAUAGAUCUGUUUCUGAGUUACUAUCAAAUUCAAAGUUUGAUGUCAAUUAUGCCUUUGGAUGUGAGAAGAGGAGCUUGCUUCAUAUUGCAGCUAACUGUGGAUCGGUUGAAUGCCUAGUUCUGUUGUUAAAGAAAGGUGCAAACCCAAACUAUCAAGAUAUUUCAGGAUGCACUCCACUUCAUUUGGCUGCUAGAAAUGGCCAGAAGAAAUGUAUGGGCAAGCUACUAGAAUAUAGUGCUGAUGUCAACAUUUGUAAUAAUGAAGGCCUGACAGCAAUUCAUUGGCUUGCUGUUAAUGGCCGAACAGAAUUGCUUCAUGAUCUUGUACAGCAUGUUACAAAUAUAGAUGUUGAAGAUGCAAUGGGUCAGACAGCACUUCAUGUGGCUUGCCAAAAUGGUCACAAGACGACAGUUCAAUGUCUUUUAGAUAGUGGGGCAGAUAUUAAUCGUCCCAAUGUUUCAGGAGCAACUCCACUCUACUUUGCUUGCAGCCAUGGCCAAAGAGAUACUGCACAAAUCCUUCUGAUGAGGGGAGCCAAAUAUUUGCCAGACAAAAACGGAGUCACACCACUUGACCUCUGUGUACAGGGUGGCUAUGGAGAGACUUGUGAAAUUCUAAUACAGCACCAUCCUAGACUUUUCCAAACAAUUAUUCAAAUGACACAAAAUGAGGAACUCAGAGAAAAUAUGUUGCGGCAAGUCUUAGAACAUUUGUCUCAGCAAAAUGAAAACCAGUACCUUAAAAUAUUGACCAGCCUUGCUGAGGUGGCUACAACAAAUGGUCAUAAACUUCUCAGCUUGUCAAGUAAUUACGAAGCUCAGAUGAAGAGUCUAUUGAGGAUUGUGAGGAUUUUUUGUCAUGUCUUUCGCCUUGGCCCAUCCCCUCCCAAUAAUGGAAAUGACAUGGGCUACAAUGGCAAUAAAACACCAAGAAGCCAAGUGUUCAAGCCUCUGGAAUUACUCUGGCACUCAUUAGAUGAAUGGUUAGCUUUAAUAUCAGCAGAGCUGAUGAAAAAUAAAAGGAACUCAGCCAAUAUCACUUCCAUCUUACUGAAGCAGAAAGGACCAGAUGAGCACGAGGGUGCUCCGGCACACAUUUUUGAUGUAGCGCCGUCUGAGAAGGGCAGAACUCUAUCUGCAGAUGUAGGGGAGUCUAAAGUGUAUGAAAUUGGCAGUGCACAAGAAACAUAUGCAGAUUGCCAGGAUGUUAUUUCAGUAACAGCAAACCGGCUCAGUGCUGUCAUUCAAGCUUUUUAUAUGUGUUGCUCCUGUCAGAUGCCUCAAGGAAUGACAUCUCCUCGCUUCAUAGAAUUUGUCUGCAAACAUGAUAAUGUUCUUAAAUGCUUUGUAAACCGAAAUCCAAAGAUUAUAUUUGACCAUUUCCACUUUCUUCUUGAGUGUCCUGAGCUUAUGUCCAGAUUCAUGCACAUCAUAAAAGCACAACCUUUCAAAGAUCGCUGUGAAUGGUUUUAUGAGCACUUGCAUUCUGGGCAACCAGACUCGGACAUGGUUCAUAGGCCAGUCAAUGAAAAUGACAUUCUGUUGGUCCACAGAGAGUCUAUUUUUAGGAGCAGCUGUGAAGUUGUGUCUAAAGCAAAUUAUGCAAAGCUGAAACAGGGAAUUGCUGUGCGUUUCCAUGGCGAAGAAGGCAUGGGUCAAGGUGUGGUUCGUGAAUGGUUUGAUAUCUUAUCCAAUGAAAUAGUUAACCCAGACUAUGCUCUCUUCACUCAAUCAGCUGAUGGAACCACUUUCCAGCCAAAUAGCAACUCUUCAGUUAAUCCUGACCACUUGAAUUACUUUAGAUUUGCUGGACAAAUUUUAGGUUUGGCCUUGAAUCACAGACAACUGGUAAACAUUUACUUCACGAGGUCAUUCUACAAGCAUAUUCUUGGCAUUCCUGUAAACUAUCAGGAUGUGGCAUAUAUCGAUCCAGAAUAUGGGAAGAACUUGCAGUGGAUUCUAGAUAAUGAUAUCAGUGACCUGGGGCUAGAGCUGACCUUCUCUGUUGAGACGGAUGUAUUUGGAGCAAUGGAAGAAGUGCCUUUGAAACCAGGGGGUGCAAGUAUACUCGUCACACAGGAAAACAAAGCAGAAUAUGUUCAACUUGUUACUGAGCUUCGAAUGACAAGAGCCAUUCAGCCACAGAUAAAUGCUUUUCUGCAAGGCUUCCAUAUGUUCAUUCCACCACCUCUGAUACAACUAUUUGAUGAAUAUGAACUGGAACUCCUGCUUUCAGGCAUGCCAGAAAUCGAUGUGAGUGAUUGGAUAAAAAAUACAGAAUACACAAGUGGCUAUGAAAAAGAUGACCCAGUUAUUCAGUGGUUUUGGGAAGUUGUAGAAGAAUUGUCUCAGGAAGAACGGGUUUUGCUGUUACAAUUUGUCACCGGCAGUUCCAGGGUACCACAUGGUGGCUUUGCCCAUAUAAUGGGUGGUAGUGGACUGCAAAAUUUUACAAUUGCUGCUGUGCCAUAUACACCAAACCUUCUGCCAUCAUCCAGCACAUGUAUCAACAUGCUGAAACUGCCUGAGUAUCCAAACAAAGAGAUCCUGAAGAACCGGCUUCUUGUGGCAUUACACUGUGGCAGCUAUGGCUAUACAAUGGCAUAGUGAAGAAAGACCUUGCCUCUGGUAACUGAUGUGCAAUUCAGAGUGGCAGAAGUAAUUUAGAAGCCUGUCAAGAGAAGGAUGGUGAUGGUUGGAAAACAGUCUUGCAAUCCUGAUGUCCACAAUUUGCAAAUGACCCCGCAUUUCCUCUUCCUGUAUGCCACCCGAAGUCUGAGACAUUGUUUCUUUGAACAAAUUAAAAGUAUACUGUUCCUGUUUCAUGGUAUGAAUUAAAAGUACAUUGCUGUAAAAUGAUGAUUCUGUAUUGAAUAUGGCAUGCACUUCUCUCCCUAUAAUUAGAGUCAUUUCCCUUCCACCUGGAAUAUGACUCUAGUUCUUAUUCAAGCGAAAGUGCAAAUUUGUGCUUGCCUUUCCACUCAAAGGCCAUUUACUGCUAAUAAGCAUUACAAUUCAAGACACUGGAUCAUAUCAAGGUUUUUCAGUACAUGACCACAAGGAACUUUGAAUGCUGUCUCCGAGUUGCUACAUUCUUUGACUUAUUUGUAUGGGAUUUGCAUGUUCUAUGGCCAGGCUUAUAGCCAUAGUUAAUCAGACUAUUAAUUAACAUUUAUCAAUUAACCCAGUUGCCUCUGUUGAAGAAAAGAGGCAAGUGGGAAACUGGUGUGAGGCUGCAGCCAUGUAUCUUCUUGCAUGCAAAAAGUGCUGCAUAUUUCCUUAUUUUUCUCUCCAGGGAGCAUUGUACAGACAGUUCCAAAUAAGUAUACAAAAUGCCAUAUUUGAUGUAUUACCCCUCCCCCUCAUUUUAACUAACAGGAAAAAGUUACAAAGAAUUUUUAAAGGUUUUAUAGUAUUUUAAUACCUACCUAAACAUUUUAAAAGGUUUAUUCCUUAGUUUGUUACAAAAUACAUUUUUUUUGAGGAGGGGGAAAUAAGAUAAUUUAUACUAUACAUUCCAAAUGUGCGCCAUAUUUAAACCACUGAAGUAUUUGUGACUUUGCAUUCCUUCAAAGUGUACAUAUAUUUUAGAGGAAUAAAUCAUUUUAUUUGGGAUAUAUACUUUCUCAUGCCUGAGCUGUAUGAAAAGUGUGCAUUAAAAUUAAAUAUUUUAUUGUAACUUAA